UUGGCAGCGGAGAGGUGUGCAGCAUCCUCAGCGGCUCAUUGGCCCCUCGUCCUCCCGCUUCCUCCCUCGCAGAGCCGGUGCAGCCCCGGCAUGGCGAACCGGAACAUGCAGCACGCCACCAUGCAAAGCAGCAGCUCCCCGGGACCCCUGAACCGCGACCAGGACUCCCCGGGCUCGGAGCACUCUCCUCCGGGGAACAAAGACAGCCCCGCGCCGCCGACUCCCUCUCCUCCUCCUCCUCCACAGCAGCCUCAGAUGGAGACGUCCCCCCCGGCCGAGGCAGCCGAGGGUCCCGCGGAGGGAGCCGGGGACAGACCCGCCGAAAUGACCCUGGACCUCCAGAGCUUUCGGAAGCCCGGGGAGAAGACCUUCACCCAGCGGUGUCGCCUCUUCGUCGGCAGCCUGCCGCUCGACCUCCCGGAGGAGGAGUUCACCGACAUGUUCGCUAAAUACGGCCGAGUCACCGAGGUGUUCAUCAACAGGGAGCGGGGCUUCGGCUUCGUCCGCCUGGAAACCAGGACGUUGGCAGAAAUCGCUAAAGCCGAGCUGGACGGGACCAUUUUGAAUAAUCGCCCAAUCAGGAUCCGCUUCGCCACGCACGGCGCCGCCCUCUCAGUGCGCAACCUGCUGCCAGCCGUGACCAACGAGCUGCUGGAACAGGCCUUUUCUCAGUUUGGGCCGGUGGAACGGGCCAUCGUGGUGACCGAUGACCGUGGGCGUCCCUCGGGGAGAGGCAUUGUGGAGUUUGCCAACAAAGCAGCUGCACGUAAAGCCCUGGAGCGCUGCACGGAGGGAGCACUGCUUCUGACCAACACACCUUGUCCAGCCAUUGUAGAGCCCUCAGACCACUUUGAUGAUGAGGAAGGAUUCCCUGAAAAACUGCUGCAGAAGACUCCGAGGUACCACAAAGAACGGGAGCAGAUGCCACAUUUCGCCCAGCCCGGCACGUUUGAGUUUGAAUACUCGUCUCGCUGGAAAGCUCUCGGUGAGAUGGAGAAGCAGCAGAGAGAGCAGGUGGACAAGAACAUUAAAGAGGCCAAAGAGAAACUGGAGGCCGAGCUGGAGGCGGCCAAACACGAGCACCAGCUCAUGUUAAUGAGACAUGAUCUAAUGAGGCGUCAGGAGGAGCUGAGGAGACUGGAGGAGCUUCGCAACCAGGAGCUGCAGAGGCGGAAGCAGAUGGAGAUGAGACAUGAGGAAGAGAUGAGGAGGAGAGAGGAGGAGAUGAUGAGACACAGAGAACAGGAGGACCUGAGACGCCAACCAGACGGCUUCAAACCAAACUACCUGGAGAAUAGAGAACAGGAACAGAGAGUGGGCGAGCUGGGCCCCCGUGGAGCCAUUAAUAUGGGAGACGGCUAUAGCCCGGCCCCUGCAGGGCCCGGUGGUAACCAGGGUCAGAUGAUGGCGAUGAGUGGAAGGGGAGGAGCCAUUGGCGUAGAGGGAACUGCUAAUAUGGGCUCACCACUGAUGUCAGAGAAUGGAGCCAUGCGUAACGAUAGAUACCCGCAAGGUGGACAAAUGGGGGGCCGACCAGACGUGGAGUCCCCGAAACUGCAGCAACAGCAACAGCAGCCACAGGCACAUCCGCAGCAGCCACAUCAGCAACAACAACAACAACAACAACAACAACAACAACAACAACAGCAGCAGCAGCAGCAACAACAACAGCUGCAGCAACAGCAACAGCAACAGCAGCAGCCAUUGGCCCCCCAAGAAUUUGGCAGGGGGAGUCCAGUAGGGGGCGUCUUUGAUGGUCCAAAUAACAAGCGCCGCAGAUACUAACUUGACCGUGUUCUCAUGGGACUUUUGUUACUGAGCCUAUUCUUGUUUUUUUUACCUAGUUGUUGACCUACUGCUCUCCCUGUGAGUUGGAUACGUUUUAUUGAAAAGAGCAUUUUCUUUUUGUCUGUUUUGUUUUUUGAAGGUCGUGUGUAGGGUUCAGGGGAUUUAUUUGCAGAAACUGAAUAUAUAUUACAGUAAAUAUGUUCCCUCAGAAUAAGCCUAUCCGUGUGUUGCUUUGCUGUGUUUCUAGUAACAAGAAGCAGAGAAACAACACUGGCUUCAGACAGGGCUGAAGGUUGAUAUAUGUUCUCCUACACACUUAGUAAGGGAGGGGGUCAGGCAUGAGAUAUUGAGUUGGUUCAUUGUGCUACUUCACCACUAGCUAUCACUAAAUCCUACACACUGACCCUACAUGUUUUUCUGCAACACAAGUUUAAUAGUAUGCCAGGGAAGGAACUCGCAGUCAGACAGUUGCUGUGGCUGCUGUUGUGCUGGUUCGACUGUAUGAAGCUGAUCUGUGGGACGGUUGAAUCGAUAAAAGAUUAAGAUUAGACAUUGUUUAACAUCAAAACCAGACUAGUGCUGUCUACUGCCUUAGUUCAUAGGUUUUGUUCUUGUUGCAUUUGAUUGUUUGCCUCCCUGUAAAAAUACUCUGAACUAAUUUAAUGUCGAAUCCCAGUGGAGGAGAUUUGAGGCUUCGGUGCAUCCUGUGCUUGAUGGUCAAGAGAAAUAAAUACUUUGUAGGUAA